CCUUAAGAUGAGGGCGUUCAUGAAAUGGGUUUUGUCGCUACAUUUCAGCCCGAUUCGCGACCUUUGCCGCUCGGUUACAGUGACGCGCGCGCGUGCACUGCAGCCCUGCGCCAUUGGAAGAACGCAGACUUUUACGCACGGGGAACCCCUCUCGGGGCGGUUACGAUGCGGAAAGUGGUGACGACAGAUGCAUCCUUAACAGGCUGGGGUGCCACCCAGGAGGGCAAAACGGUGAACGGUCUGUGGCCAAACAGACUACGUUCAGCACAUAUAAAUUAUUUAGAGCUUUUUUUUACCAAUUGUAAAGCUCUGAAUCAUUUUCUGCCUCGCCUGCAGGGACAUCAUGUGCUGGUACGGUGCGACAAUACCACGGCUGUGGCAUAUAUCAACCGUCAGGACAGCUUGCGCUCGUCGAAACUUCACCUCCUAGCUCACAAGCUCUUGGUGUGGAGCAGACGGGUUUUCUUGUCGCUACGCGCGACUCACGUCCCAGGCAUUCUGAACGUCGGCGCAUCUGCUGUCAAGGGGAAACCCAAUCUACGGGAUUGGCGUCUUCAUCCGCAGAUAGUGGAAAUGCUAUGGAUGAGAUUUGGACGGGCGAGCGUAGAUCUAUUCGCCUCGCGCGGAAACUGCCAUUGUCCUAUGUUCUUCUCUCUAAGGGACGUGGACGCGCCCCUCGGGGUAGACGCACUGGCCCACCCAUGGCCUAGAGUGCUCCUGUAUGCUUUUCCUCCCCUGUGCCUGAUAUUCCCACAUUGGCCAGGGUGAGAGAGCAGGGCCUGUCUCUCAUUCUGAUAGCACCCAGAUGGCCCAAAGCACCGUGGCUGGCGGAGAUAAUCCCUCUGU